AUGAAACCAUAUAUUGGCAUUCCUCUUGUCGGGGGGCUCCUCUAUCGAGCUUGGUCUCGCAAAUCCCUUACCCCGCUCGGCCUCGUCGUUGCGGGAUUGUCAGCGUCAGCACACGCACUCCACCCGUGGUCGGCCCCAGUUGCAUUGUUGGCAGUAUUUUAUUUCGGUGGCACUAAAGCCACAAAGGUAAAACAUGAUAUCAAGGCACGCUUGACACUCUCCGCAACAGGCGCAGAAGGCGGCGAAGGCGCACGGAACCAUAUUCAAGUCCUGGCAAACUCCGUGGUUGCUACUAUACUAUCAAUUGCUCAUGCGAUUGUCCUGGCCAAAACAGGCACUGAAUCGUGCUUCUCGCUCGGUCGAAAUGCGGCCGAUAUCUUGAUGGUUGGGAUCGUAGCGAACUACGCCGCGGUCGCUGCGGAUACCUUCUCCUCCGAGCUUGGCAUUCUUUCGAAGUCCAAACCUCGCCUCAUCACAUCGCUAAACUUCCGUGUCGUGCCCCCGGGAACAAAUGGCGGUGUUACUGCGGCCGGUCUCGGAGCCGGUCUUCUGGGUUCGUUCAUUGUUUCCGUGACAUCUGCUGCGGUCCUGCCAUUCUGUGCCAGCGCCGGAUUCAAAGAUCGGGCUCUGUGGACCGCUGCUAUGACACUUUGGGGCACGCUGGGCAGUGUGCUUGACAGCAUCCUUGGCGGACUUUUGCAGGCGAGUGUCGUUGAUAAGAGGACCGGGAAAGUUGUAGAGGGCAGUGGUGGCAGGAAGGUCUUGAUCCAUCCCUCAACCGGUAAGGCGAUUAAAUUUGCCGACGGCACUAAAAAAGCGACUGGCAGUGCUAUCACGAGUUCUUCACAAGGGAAUCAAGCGUCGAGCACCAUCGAGCCUGGUCACGAAAGCCGUCGCGUUGAGACUGGUCAUGACUGGCUAGACAAUAAUGGCGUCAAUCUUCUCAUGGCUGCGACUAUGAGUGUUGGCGCCAUGGGAAUUGCGCAGUGGUUCUGGGAGUUGGAUGUAUUCGAAUUGUUGUCGUGA